GUGCUGGUGACGUCGCCUGCCAACGCCGCGACAGCGGGUGAUCCUGACGCCGAGCUAGGCGGCGGCCUGACUCUCGCCAGGUUCGGUUCCCUGAAGAGAGCUCACAUCUCGCGAGCCAAAACCUCAGGCACCAGCUUCUACCUGCGUGUUGGUGCUCUGGCGUUUGGUCUUGGGACCUUGGUAUUCAAUGGCCUGGAGAUGGCAAUGCAUUCCAUGAUGGAAGGUGCGUGUCUCAAUGACGUCGUCUUCAUCCAUCCAGUGCUCCACGGUCUCUUCACAUUCCUCCAGAUGCACUUCUUGUUCGUCAACUCACAGGUGCUCGUCGAGAGAUUUGGCCUGGCAGCCCGGUUCGGUUUCAUGCACCUGGCAGCGACAAACUUGGCGCUGUGGGUGCGCCUCAUUGUCUGGGAGAGUGGCAAUGAGUGGACUUACUUUGUACACCUGUCUCAAAGCAGUGGUGUGAGGGGCGGAGUCUCCAAUAACAUUCCAACACCGCUGCAGCUGAGGGGCUUCCCUCGCUCUGUGGUGGCCAGACACCAGCGUGACCUCAGCUUCAGUAGUAAUGCAACGUCAUACUACAGCUACAGACCAAUCUCGGACUCCCACAUCUCUCAGGUCGUAGCGCUUCAUGAGUGCCUCAACACCAACACUCUGGGUCAGCUGUGGACUUCUUCAAUGCCAUUUCUGUACCCGUUUAUCGUGCAGUUCAGUUUAAUUGCAGCCGCUGUCACUUUCGUCAUGGGCCAGAAUGUAGGCAGGGGCCGCAUCUUCAUGAAACAGAAGAAGCUGGCCAACAGCCACUCCAAAGGCUGUUCCAUGCCUUCAGCAGGCGAACACAGCCUUCGCAGCACCUGGAGCGUGGACUGCGGUGGUGCCAGCAAAGGCCUCUUCUUAGGUAUCCUCUGCCUCGUUGCUGGAAUUGUGGUUAUCAUAAUCUUCCUGGUCGUUAAGGAAGACGAGGAAUUCCCCACAGAUACCAUCUUCUGGCUAACAACUGGAGCAGUAGCUGCAAUGCUAGGGCUCUGCUGCGUCAUGACGAGCGUGGGGCUCGUCCAGAUUCGAAGACUUUCAACAUCAGGUCAAGAACCAACUCCACUCGACACCUUGCUGUCUGAUGUCUCUACAGUGGGAGUUCAGUUGUAUGCUGUGUUUGGAAUAGUGGUAGGUGCUAGUGGACUUGGUAUUCGUGACAUUACAGAUACUGGGAUUCCCCAUCGUCAUGCAAUGCUGUUGGCGGUCAGCGCUCUGCAACUCGUUCAGGUCACAGGACAGAGUGUCCUGAUAGCAGAAGCUCUGCGAAGGGCUACGUUAACACGGCAUCAGAUGCUUGCAAAGCCAGCAAGACAAGUGAUUACUUUCUUGCUUUGCAGUAAUGCCGUUCUUUGGGCGUACGACACUUUUGUGACACAGAGCUGGUUGUCCCAGGAACUGCAACUGCGAUUUUUUGGAGUCCUUGCAUGGGGAAUAAUUUCGCGGAUUGGUCUCCCACUGCUCAUCUUCUACCGCUUUCACUCCUGCGUGCUAUUGCUGGAAAUAUGGAAGCGUUCCUACAGAACACCUAUCCUGGAUCCGGGAAACUGACGGUGGUGGGAGCAAUGGAGAUGCCGGCAUGGAUCCACGCGCUCAACGAGAGAAUUUCCGCACGCUUGCAUACUUCAAUUAUGCGACCACGCUCCAUCACCAACAAAAAAGGGAAUUAUGAAAAGAGUAACACUAGCAGAUCAUGGAGGUACAGUAAGAGGAUGCAAACCACCAAAAUGCCUGUGUCUCCCUGAAUAUCUGUAUGUCCAUGGUCACGGUGCAGAAUCAGCUUACUUAAAGCCUCACACCGACUCCGUAAGCUGGAUGUAUUACGGCAACGCCAUAGCAGUAGAUCAAAGUGGACCUGUGAUCUUAGAUUUAGAUUAUGCACUGCCUCCUCCACGGAGGAAAAAACAUCACCAUCAUCAUGGACAUCAACACAGGAGCAAUCAUGAAAGGUCCAGUUCACACAAUUCUUCAUGCAUAGUCACAGAACACGUAGAUUCAAAUGCGUUCCCAAUCCAGGAUAUUUCUGAACUUGUUCAAAAUUCUAACACUGGAAAUACUCCAUUCAGAAAGGUGCCAUGGCACCCCAAUCUUCAUAUGCUCAAGUUUUAACGCACGUUGCACAAAUAUUCAGUAAAAAAUGUUUUUACAAACCAUAAAUAAUACAAGGAGUACUAAAACACAUGGAAUAAAAUAUUAGAACGAUAUUAGAGGAUUUAAAACUAAGAAUUCUAUUCAUUUUAAUUAACAAAUCUGUGAUAUUUUUUUAUAGUUUGCAACCGUCCCUUUCUCCUUUCUAGGAGAAGCCCAGCUCAGUUGCACCCUUAGGUGGUGAUAGGAUUUGUGGGGUUGAUUCGGGAGCCUAGCUCAGAGGAACGUGGGGCUUGUCUUCAGGGAAAGGAACCACGCUGUAGUAGAAAUAUAACACUUUGUUCAGACGAUUCACUGUUGUACCCCUUUUCCCAAGGCUCAUGGGCCCGAGCUUGCCUCGGGGUAGGAACACGAGUAGCCGAGCGGUUUUGCCACAGGUUGGCGGUGCGUGGAAGUCUUGCAGUGCUUGUAGAGAAGAAUACUUUAUUGUUGAGUAUGAAGAUUACAAUCUCGUUGUCAUCGAUGCUGGAGGCAACGAGUCGGUCGAAGCUGGACGAAAGUUGUUCGUGAAUCAUUUGAAUAGAAUAAAGUUCCCCCCUGAAGUCCCACAUGUGGCCUCCUUAUAUACAAAUUAUUAGACCUAAGCUCCUCCUCCCAGUUGUCUGCAGCAACCCUCACA